GGCAGGAUAGGUCUGUUACCUCACUACUAAUUUCCCUGGCAAAUAAGCCAGCAGCUGCUGGUCCAUGAACCAAGGUGCCACUACAAACAGGACGCUGUGUACAUGGGCCAGGAUGCUUCCAUGGAGCCCUUCGGCAGUGCCGGUGGGGUCUUUCAGUACAAAAUAUACCUCCUUCUUGUAGUAGGAGCUUGCUCCGGGCUGAAGGUGGUGGUGCCAUCACACACUGUCCAUGGCACCAGGGGUCAGGCCCUCUACCUCCCUGUGCACUAUGGAUUCCACACCCCGGCCUCAGACAUCCAGAUCAUAUGGCUGUUUGAGAGACACCACAUGAUGCCCCAGUACUUACUGGGCUCUGUGAACAAGUCUGUGGUUCCCGACCUGGAAUACCAACACAAGUUCACCAUGAUGCCACCCAACGCAUCUCUGCUCAUCAACCCACUGCAGUUCACUGACGAAGGCAAUUACAUCGUGAAGGUCAACAUUCAGGGCAAUGGAACGCUCUCAGCUAGUCAGAAGAUACAAGUCACUGUUGACGAUCCUGUCACAAAACCGGUGGUGUGGAUUCAGCCUUCCUCCGGGGCUGUGGAAUAUGUAGGAAACAUGACCCUGACUUGCCUUGCAGAAGGGGGCACCCGGCCAGUCUACCAGUGGCUAAAAAAUGGGAGACCUGUCCAUAUCAGCUCCACCAACUCCUUUUCUCCCCAAAACAACAUCCUUCAUAUUGCUCCAGUGACCAAAGAAGACAUUGGGAAUUACAGUUGCCUUGUGAAGAACCAUGUCAGUCAGAUGGAAAGUGACAUCAUUACGCCCACCAUAUAUUAUGGACCUUAUGGACUUCGAGUUAAUUCUGACAAAGGCCUAAAAGUCGGAGCAGUAUUUACUGUUGACAUUGGAGAAGCCAUCUUGUUUGAUUGCUCUGCCGAUUCGUACCCUCCCAACACCUACUCCUGGAUCCAGAGGACUGACAACGCAACAUACCUCAUCAAGCAGGGGCCUCGCCUGGAAGUCGCCUCCGAGAAGGUGGCCCAGAAGACGACGGACUACGUGUGCUAUGCGUACAACAACGUGACUGGCAGGCAGGAUGAAACUGGUUUCACAGUCAUCAUCACUUCUGUCGGACUGGAGAAGCUUGCACAAAAAGGGAAAUCACUGCCCCCUUUAGCAAGCAUAACCGGGAUAUCACUCUUUUUGAUUAUAUCCAUGUGUUUUCUUCUCCUAUGGAAAAAAUAUCAACCCCACAAAGCUAUAAAACAGAAGCUAGAAGGCAGGCCAGAAACAGAAUACAGAAAAGCACGAACAUUUUCAGGCCAUGAAGAUGCUUUGGAUGACUUCGGAAUAUAUGAAUUUGUUGCUUUUCCCGAUGCUUCUGGUGUUCCCAGGGUGCCCAGUAGGUCUGUUCCAGCCUCUGAUGGUGCCUCAGGACAAGACCUGCACUAUACGAUUUAUGAAGUUAUUCACCACAUCCCUGCCCAACAGCAAGACCAUCUAGAGUGAACAUUCGUGGGCAAGCAGUACACCAGAGUGAAAUGAUGAAGGAAUGUUUUCAGGAAAAACAAUGGAAAUGUAUAUUCAUUCGGAAUCAGUGAAGAAAUCAAGCCCAUCUAGCUCAUCACAGAAGUCAUUUAUACAACUUGGACUGCAGGUUUCCUAGCGCACACAGAAUGCAUUGUGCUGCCGGAACAGCAACAGGGCUGGGAAAACGCCCUCGGUGGAGGGUCUUUACCAUGCUGACCAAGAGAAGGAAAAGGCUGGGACUUUCCAAUUUGCCUCUUUGUGUCAAGUUUCUGUAAAAGGCUCAGUUCUGACCUAUACUUUCACUUUCACCUACACUGACACUAUCAUAUAGAACCUAUAAACGUGGAAACUUUGUAUUUGUAAAAUUUUCAGCAGGCUUUGUUUUAUUAAAUUCUCAUUACUGUUAAGAUUGCUCUAUUUAUUUUUUUUACUUUGUUCCCAAAUUUCCUUCUUGCUCUUUGUACCACAGAAUGAUGAUGGUUGCCACAGAAGCAAGACUGUGCCUUCUCCUAGGUUGUCAAUCACCAAUGGUAUUUUUGGAAAGACAUGAAACACUGGAGGAAAUGACUCACUGAAGUCUUAUUUCUAUUUUUGUUCAAGAAAAGGUAGAUUCUAAUAAAUUAUUCUGUUUGUGCUUUUA